AUGAGAAGCAGAGACAAGGUUGAACAUCUAAUUACUUGGAGACUUCAGAGUGGCAAUUCAAGUUUUUGGUGGGACAACUGGAUUGGCGAAGGAAGACUUGCACAAUUUCAAUCAGCUUCCACUUCCAUCAAAGGAACAGUAGCUCACUAUCUUUUAAAUGGAGAAUGGAAUUCUGACAAACUAGUUGUUCUUCCAAAUGAGAUGGCAUUUCCAGCUCCAGGCUUCAUGAAACUCAACUCAGAUGGAUGCUCAAAAGGCAGUCCUGGAUUAAGUGGUGCUGGAGGAGUUAUCAGAAUUGAAGUUGGGAAACUAAUCAAAGCAUAUGCUGCUCCCCUUGGUAUCUCUACUAACAAUAUGGUUGAGACUUUGGCUCUUAAAAUUGAUAUUGAAUGGUGCUAUAGAAAUAGAAUCAAGAAACUGGAGACUGAGACUGACUCCAAACUUUUAACAGAAUGGUUCCUUAAGACUUGUCAACCUUCUUGGUACAUUUGGGAUACCGUUGAGGAAAUCCUCUGUUGUUUUGUGUACUAUACUAUAUCAAUAAUAUAUGGCUUCCAUUCUUCAUUGAAGAUGGAAGAGAUUGAUUAA